UGUGUGUCGGCGAGGCCGGCCUGUUGCUCUCCUCGACGUGCCGCCCUCCGAAGAAGAGAAGGAGGAGGAGGUGGUGUUGGCGAAGGGGCUCCCAGCUGCUGUCGGCGGCGCAUGCGCAGUGGCAGCCGCCCUCUCACCCCGCUCAGCUAUGCCAAAUAUGCGCGGAGGGCAGCCGAGGCAGCAACAGAAGCAGCAGCAGCAGCAGCAGGAGGAGGCAGAGAGCCCCUCCGAGUGAGACCAUGGGCGGCGGCGGCGGAGCUGGAGGCAAAGGGCCGCCCCCGUUCCCCUCGACGACGGCAGCAGGAACAGCGAGGAGGGCGCCCUGAAGGGAAGCAGGCGGAAGGCGGCAUGGCUGACCCUCUGCGCCGGACUCUCUCCAAGCUUCGGGGCCGGAGGGAAGCCCGCGGAGGGGACGCCAAAGCCCCUCCGAGGCGUCACCAUGGCAACGUCUUGAUGGAGCCUGCGACGGGGCCCCAAAGCAGCGCGGAAGGAGACGGAGGGCCACGGCUCCCCCCUCUUCCUCUUCCUCCUCCUCCUCCACCGUCGAGGCUCCUCGAGGAGGAGAAGGAGGAGGAGGAGGAGGACUACUACGACAACUUGCCCGACGGAGGGGAAGGCGUCCAAGGCGGGAAGCCGAGAGAGAGCGCGGGGAGGCUGCGCAUCCAGCUGCAGGAGGCCUACGCGCUGUUGCUCCACGCCAUGCACGGCCUGCCUCCGCCGCCAAGUUGGUCCUUCCCGGACAGCCAGCCGCAGGGAUGCUCCGCACCUCCUCUCCCUUCUUCUCCUUCUCCUCCUCCUCCUCUUCGGAAAAGGCUCAGCAAGAGCCUCGACGGCCUCCCCGGCGCCCAAGCGAAGACCUCCCUGAGGAGGAGCCGCAGCGAAGGAGCAGAUGUGGGGCCAACAAAGGAGGAGGAGGAAGAAGAAGAGGAUGAGGCGCUUUGGGACCCGAGGAGGCGGGAAAGGGGACCGAAGCCUCAUCCGCCUUUGCCGCCGCCCAGCGAGGAGCCCACGGAAAAGAGCCUCCCGCCGCCACCGGCACCAUCCCCAGCCCCAUCCGCCUCCUUCAAGCCGCCCGCGCUGACGGUGCGGAAGCUGCAGAAGUGGAUGUACAAAGGGCGCCUGCUCUCGCUGGCCAUCAAAGGGCGAGGGGGAGGGGCUGCCGGGGAGACCCCCUCCUCGCCCUGCCCUCCCCCUCCCGCCAAGGGGACCCCUCCCCCGCCGCCCCCUUCAGACCAAAGGAUCUUCCUGACAGAUUUGAUUGAAAAUGUUUACAUACCUUCUGUGAGCAGAAGGGAACUUAAGACCUUUAAGGCCAAUGAAGGCACUGAGUGCCGGCCCCGGUUUGCAAGCAUCACUGUGUCCAAGAAGCGGAACUGGCUGCAUCAAAGUUCUCCAAGGGUAUCAAAUUUGGAAAAAGGAAAUACGUAUAAGAAAACUUCAGGCGAAAGCCACCGUGCAUUGAAAUUUCCAAGUCCCUUGCUUGAGCCGAAGAUAUCUCAGAGUUUUCCCAAGAAACUGCUAGGGCAUGAAAGCCCUAAAAGAACAGUCAAUUUUCUACAUGCUGCUGAGAAUGGGAUGAACCAUUUGACACUGCAAAACCAUGCUUUGGAUUUCAGCGAAGAUAAUGAUGCAGAUGAUGAAGGAGAAAUAUGGUAUAAUCCUAUCCCUGAAGAUGAUGAGCCUGACUUCCCUUGUUUCCAAAGUGGAAAUGCUGAUCGCUCUGACUCUCAAGCCAUUAAUUACAAGCUGCCCUCUGGGAACUGUCUAAUUAAAGUGGCCAGACAUAAUGAACACCUUCCACAGUUCUCGGACUCCACUGGAAACACUCAGCCAAGGGAAGUUAAUCAGAUAGAUUGUGUGCAUUCCAUGGAACAUUUGCAAGUACACAAGCCAAAGCCCACAUGCAGUAUUCUGACUGGGUUUGUUACAGAUGACAGCCCUACAUUAAAAGGAUACGGAGUAGUGUCUUCAAGCAAACCUGACACAGCAACAGCCGAAUGUUCGCCUCCGAGUCCUAACCCUUUGAAAAAAGGUGGUUCAAUAAACUGGUCUUUCCCUGAUAAAAUAAAAUCCCCAAGAACAGUGAGGAAACUUUCCAUGAAAAUGAAAAAGUUGCCUGAGCUCAGCAGGAAGCUGAGUGUCAAAGGAAAUUCAAGCCAUAAUAGUACGGACAAUCCUUCGUUGCUCAAACAUAAUUGCCAGGACAUGGGCCAUGCAGCAUUACCUUCAUCUGGGAACAUGUUGGCUGCUGCUGCUAGCAGGAACGUUAUAAGUCGAUAUCAUCUUGAUAGCAGUGUAUCUUCCCAACAUAGCUACAAAAAGAAAAACAACAGGAGUUCCAAAUCAUCCUCCAAAGGGGGCUACCUCAGCGAUGGAGACUCUCCUGAGCUUAUAGCAAAAUCUGGGAAACAUGCUGGUGAAGGCAGAGCUGGGAAAGGAAAAGAAGGAUUCCCAAGCAGCAAUGGCAACAAGACAGACAUUGACAUAGAUGCUUUUAGGCACUAUAGUUUUUCUGACCAACCUAAAUGUUCCCAGUAUAUAUCUGGACUCAUGAGCAUUCACUUCUAUGGUGCAGAGGAUUUGAAACCACCUCGAAUGGACUCCAAAGAUGUAUUUUGUGCAAUCCAAGUAGAUUCAGUUAAUAAAGCGAGGACUGCCUUGCUUACAUGCCGGACAACAUUUCUGGACAUGGACCACACUUUCAACAUAGAGAUAGAAAAUGCACAGCAUUUGAAAUUGGUGGUCUUCAGUUGGGAGCCCAUGCCAAGGAAAAACCGAGUUUGUUGCCAUGGUACGGUGGUUCUUCCUGCUCUUUUUCGAGUGACAAGGACUCAUCAGCUGGCAGUCAAGUUGGAGCCUAGGGGGCUAAUUUAUGUCAAGCUGACCCUUCUGGAGCAGUGGGAAAACUCUCUCAAUGGACUAGAUGGAGAGCAAGAGCCAGUAAUGUUUGGGAUUGAAGCUCGGAAAGUGGUUGAGAAGGAAAACGUAGGCUUGAUGGUACCCCUCUUGAUGAAGAAAUGUAUUAUGGAGAUUGAAAAAAGAGGCUGUCAGGUUGUAGGCCUGUACCGUUUAUGUGGCUCAGCAGCAGUCAAGAAAGAACUCCGAGAAGCAUUUGAAAAAGAUAGCAAAGCUGUUACUCUCUGUGAAACCCAAUACCCAGAUAUAAAUGUGAUAACAGGUGUUCUCAAGGAUUAUUUAAGAGAGUUGCCUUCUCCCUUGAUAACCAAACAACUUUAUGAAGCCGUUUUGGAUGCCAUGGGGAAAAAGCCCUUGAGAAUGAUAGCCAAUGGAUGUGAGAAUGACCCUAGUGAUUCUGAUCAUACAGUGGCUCUCUUAGACUGCCUCCCAGAGGUUGAGAAGGCCACUCUAAAGAUGCUGUUGGACCAUCUGAAAUUGGUGGCUUCGUACCACGAAGUAAACAGAAUGACCUGUCAGAACUUAGCAGUGUGUUUUGGGCCUGUGUUACUGAGCCAGCGCCAGGAAACAACCAAUCAUAACAACAGAGUUUUCACUGAUUCAGAAGAACUUGCAAGUGCCUUGGAUUUCAAAAAACACAUAGAGGUCCUACAUUACCUACUCCAGUUAUGGCCAGUGCAACACUCAGGCGCCAAAGAAUCUGCACCAGCUGAGCAGCAGUCCUCAGUGAAUUACCUGAGACCUAAGAAACAACGGCCUCAGAUGUUGAAUUUAAGCAGUUCAGAGAUGUCUGGGAUCCUGAGGUCCAGGACGGCCAGGCUAGACAGCCCUUCAAGUAACCGCUAUGCUGGAGACUGGAGUGGUUGUGGGGAGAGUUACUUUGCAAGCCCCAAGGAAGCCCUAAGCGAAGCAGACUAUGAUGAUGUCCCUUCAGAGGAUACGGAAAGUGGGGACGAUGGCAACAAAGCUGAUAUUCCUGAGAAGCUGAUUGAACAGCCCAAUUGCACGUCCAAAGAGCAGACGUUCCAGGCUUAUUUGACCAUGCAGACAAUGGACUCGGCUGUGAACCACCGAGUAAACCUCAAAGACUUGCAGGAGAGCAUUGAUACCCUCAUAGGAAACCUGGAACGGGAACUCAAUAAAAACAAGCUCAACAUCCGUUAUUAAUAGCCUUCUGCACCAGCUCCUUCUUGGUAGGUUCUUUCCUUGCUCCUUUCCCCUCAAAAGGGGAUGAAGCUGUGCAACCUUGGGUCAGGUGCAAGUAUAAUAAUGUCAUUGUGCAGUGGCUUGGAUCCACUGUUAAGGGUUAAUGCAGUCACAUUACACAUCUGUUGCUCUGUCUUUCCCUCUUCCCUCCUUCUCUUUUGAAGAAGGCAUCAGCUUGACCCUCUGGGUUUAAAACGGUGUGCUAUUACUUGCCAAACAAUUCUAGAAUUUCUCCUUCUCCUUCACAGUACUAUGCACUUAAGAAAUUUCGACAGUUUAUGCAAGAUAUGCAAGGCAUCAUCUCUGUCUACAUUACAUAGGAACAGUGCUCCUUGUUCCUGAAACUUUAGCCCUGAUACGGAUGUUGUUCCGGAAAGGAGGAUUAAUGUUGCUGCUUCUGUGAUUACAUGCAGCACAAACUCUAGGUAGAUCAUGUUCUGCCAUAUUUUGACACCUUUUUUCAUUUGCAAUGCAAACGCUGCUAUGAAAAGAAAAUGCUUUUUAUAUCUAUCUAUAUAUAUGAAAAAAUUUAAUUGUACAAAUAUUAAUGUAUUCCUGUAUUAACACUUUCCAGCAAUUAUUUAAAACUGCAAAAAUUAAAUAUUUUUCUAACUUUUGUUUUGUACAUAUUUAUAUAUUAAAACAUUGGGUUUUGUCCGGUUUGCUUUCAGUAUGGCACUUGUACAUGGAGGAAAAACAUUUUGCAUAACAAAAUAUAAGGAAUAGCAUUUCCUACCACAGAGCACAUACAUGGAUGCAAACUGUUUGAGAUAGUAGGAGGUCCCAUAACCCAUCCUCUUUGUCUCAUCUCAGCUGAGAAAUUAAAGUCUUUAAGAGUGGACAAAGGCUUCUGUUACACCCUACACAAGACUCUCUGUACAAGAUCCUGUGCUUGCAACCCUGGAAAGAUCAUGUCCUUUGUAUAUAGGUAUUUGUGAAAAAAGCAUAUUGGAUUUGAAUAAUAACACAACUUCUAAAAGACGUCUAUCUGAUGGACUGCCAAAUGAGGUGAUGUUGCACCAGAGAGAAGUUGAUUCUCUGGUGCAACUUCUCUCUGGUGCAACAUCACCUCAUUUGCCUUUCAGGAAUUAAUUUACAUUUCUUUAAGGCAGCAGUGGGAAUCAGGACAUUCUUCCAGAUGAUGUUGUUUUGCAAAUCCCCAUCGGCCAUGAUCAGUUUUGUCGAAGGUGAGGAAUUCUUGGAAUUGCUGCCCUGCAACAUCUGAAGGACCUCAUAAUGCCUACUCCUGUUGCAAAGUGUCCAACACCUUAAUUAGUUCAGAUAACGCAGUAUGCUUUUUCAAACCAUUUUCUUAUUGGCUCAUUUUACCAUCAUAGGCAUUCCUAAAGAUACUGGAGAAAAUAAGAUUGGCUGUUCCCCAAAGUCCAUAGUUUUAUAUUACAGUGGCUCACAAAGGUGCACUAAAAUGCAUACCAAGAAACAAACAUGCUAGUGAUGUUUCCAAAUCUUAGAUGCAGUUUUACAAUAAACUAAGCAAUAAUAUAUUUAGUUUCAAGCAGCUAUCAGUGGCCCUGGCUUUAUUUGAGAUAAUUAGAUACAUUAGAUACACAUUUUUGAAAAAGUGGACUUGAAGUCCUGACUUAUUUUCUGUUAGAACUUAAAACAGUGGACUGAAUAAUAUAGAUGUAUCUGCAGGAUCAUGUGCAGCCUGACCCCAAGAGCUUUUCACAUACAGUGCUUUUGCCUUAUCUUGUGCUGACUAGUCUGAACGGUACAGCUCAAAAUUGCCCUCUCAAUGGGAACACCCCAUUGCAUGUGAUCUUGAAGAAGGACAUCGUUUUGUCAUUGUUCAGAUCAGCCAAAUCUCCCUGUCUUAAAGAAGAAGUGUUGCAUUUGCGGGCUAUAACUUACUUGUAGCUAUGUUUCCAAGCAUAAUUAUUGAGAAGUUAUGCCUUGCUAAAUUCAAUAUUGCCUACGCCUUAAUAGGAAAGUGGGUCUAGACUGGCACUCUUAGUAGACAAUUUAGGGUAACAUUUUAUAUGUUCAGACUUGCUGCUGGUUAGAGUUGGAAAAGUUACUUUUUAGGACUACAGUUUCCAGCAUAGUCAAUGGCCAUAUUGACCACUGGAUUCUUGGAGCUGUCAGCCCUUAUGAAUCUGCAGAUAGAGUAUUUUGUAGUCAGAGGGAGUAGUUGUGUACACAGAAGACACAGAGUGUGGGAACACAUCUUCAGGUGAUCAUGUGCCCUACCUUCACAAGCAGAUAGGAUAGGUCUUAGGAUUUAUUACUUGCUUGUGCAGUGCCUAACUACAAAAUUAUAUGUAUCUCAGACAGAAAAGUGUGUUGAUUUUACAGAUUAGAAAUUAGAUGGAUAUAUGCAUGUUUGUGUUCAGUUGAAAUGCAUGUCGUAUGCUUGUUUGCGACUACAAGUUGAACAUCCCUUUUUUUGAAAUGCUUGAGAGAAGAAGUGUUCUGUAUUUUGGACCUUUUCAGAUUUUGGAAUAUUUGUAUACACAACAUGAGAUGCCUUGGCAAUGCUACCCAGGUCUAAACAUGAAAUUAAUCAAUAUUUCAUAUGCACCUCAUUUAUAUGGUCUGGAGGUCAUUUUAUAAUUUUGCGUAUGAAACAAAGUUUGUGUAUAUUGAACUGUCAGAAAGUAAAGGCAUCAUCAUCUUAGCAACACAUGUGGACAGUUUUGGAUUUUGGAGUAUUUUGGAUUUCAGAUUUCUGGAUGACGGAUGCUCAACUUGUAUAUACAUACAUGCAAGCCUCAUGUUGCCAUUCUGUUAGGUGCCAAAAUUCACAUUGGUCAGCUCUUCAUUUGCCCAACCAUGUUUGAAAGGAGAUCAUAUAGUAUCCAGCAGCAAUAUAGUUACUCUGUUGCCUCUGCUAAAUAGCCUAGUUCUUGUUAUAUCGUUGGCAGAUAUAUGAGCUAAGAGAGUUCUAGGGGGAACAGGUAGCUGUUUCAGUCUGUUUGAAAGUGUGCCUUUUAAAGCAUAAUACAUCUAAAACCCUAAAGACAUUUGAAGCUUGUAGUUUUUGCUUUGAUUUCAGAAAUAUUAAAUGUAUUCAAUAUAAAGAUGAUGGAUUUACAGUUUUAACUUGUCAAAAGUGAGUAUUGGCACCUUGUUAGCCUUGCCCUUGGAAGGGUCAAUGUGAUAAACCCUUAUUGAAUUUGCUCAAAAAUGUUUAAUAUUUUAUUAGUUAACCAAAGCAAACUCAAAUCUUAUGCAAGUCUAAAUGAAAACUCAACCUUUGUCUUUGGUUCAGCAAUAAGAUCCAAGCAAUAAAAAUUAUACAACCAGUUGCCUCAUAAAAGAAAUCUGGUUUUGUAAUGCAGGUGAGUAAGUGCUUUAAACAGCAAUCUUUUAUAAACACUGGUUAGCCAGGGACCUCGUGAACUUUUCUAGAACAUUUUGAAAUGUACCCUCCUCUACACUGUAGAAUUUAAUUUGCUUUUUUCAUAUGACACUAUCAACCCCUUUCAUUUCUUGUGGCCCUGGUUCAAGUGCUAUUUAUCUUGUUCCUAUAUAAUGUCUGAUUAUUGUUAUUUUUAGUUAUUUAUUUACCAUAGGAUGACUGAAUUUGGUGCACAGUUUUUGCCUCAUGUACCUCUAAAUAGAUAUGUCAUCAUUUUGUCCAGUCUCCUUCUAUUAAUUUAUUAUUAAUGUGGCAAUACACACAUGCAUUCAUUCAAUAAUUAUGGUACUGUUUUAAAACAUAAAUUUUAACCUGAAACAUUUAUUGAUAAGCUGAUGUAUUUUUUUUAAGUAUGUGUACAGGAAGUGGAUUAUUUUUGAACUAUAAAUGUUAAUUCUGAAUAAAACAUGAAAUAAAAAUAAAAAUGGAUUGUAUUUUGCAAAAUGUUGCAAUUAUUUGAA